CCCAUCCGCAGGAUCGUGUGCCAGACCGGAGAGGCUCAGGAGGCGUUUUCUGACGUGGUGACAGUUAACGUGAGCCGGGAGGGGAAGUCCAGGGAGCGAUACUCCUACGUGCUUCCUGUGGUGCAGUCCAUAGCUCCCCUGAAUGGCCCGAAGGCUGGAGGGACCAGAGUGACCAUCAGAGGCAGCAGGCUGGACGUCGGCUCUGAGCUCCGUGUCCUCGUCAAUACCUCCAAGCAGUGCACUGACCUCAGCCGCAAUGACAGCACCAUCACCUGCACCAUGCCGUCCGCGGACCUCACCACGGCCGUGCGAGUCUGUGUCCAGUUUGAGAACAAGUCUUGUGCCAGCUACAACAUCACGUUCAAGUAUGAGAAGAACCCGAUUAUAUCAGACAUCAACCCCAAAAAGAGCCAGAUCAGCGGGGGCAGGAUCCUCACCCUGGAAGGCAGAGGCUUUGAGCUGGUCCAGAACGCGUCCAUGGUGGUCCGUGGCAUCGGCAGAGAGCAAACGAGCUGUAAGGUUCACACCGACACUGUGAUCACCUGCCCCUCUCCAUCUGCCUCCAACAUCACUGCAGGGAGCAAGCCCGCACCCAUCGAUUUCUAUCUCAAUGGUCGCCUCUAUGCAGACGACCGUCCAGCUCUGGAUGAGGAGAUGUACCCCGAGGAGGCCUUGCACAUCAGCAAGUUCAGCCUGGAGUACUAUGCCGACCCCCAGUUCUUUACAGCCAAGAAGGAGAAGUGGAUCAAGCACCAUCCUGGCGAGCCUUUAACUCUGGUUAUACAUAAAGAACCUGACAGCCUGGGCCUGGAAAGCAAUGAGUACCAAGUGAAAAUUGGCCUUAUCUCAUGCGAGAUCCAGAUUGUUUCGGACAAAGUCAUCCACUGCUCCGUCAACGAGUCGCUGAGCACCUCAGAAAGACAGCUGCCUGUGACGAUCCAAGUUGGAAAGUUCAACUACACAAUUGCGAUGCUGCACCUUGGGGGAGGAGAGACCGCAAUCAUCGUCUCCAUUGUCAUCUGCAGCAUCUUGCUGGUCCUCUCUGUCGUAGCUCUCUUUGUGUUUUGCACAAAGAGCCGCAGAGCGGAGCGCUACUGGCAGAAAACCCUGCUCCAGAUGGAGGAGAUGGAGUCGCAGAUCCGGGAGGAAAUCCGCAAAGGUUUUGCGGAACUGCAGACAGACAUGACAGACCUGACCAAGGAGUUAAACCGCAGCCAGGGGAUCCCGUUCCUGGAGUACAAGCACUUUGUCACCCGGACGUUCUUCCCCAAAUGUUCCUCGCUCUACGAGGAGUGUUACAUCCUGCCGUCCCAGCAGCUCAGCUCCCAGGUGGGGUCCCAGGUCCAGGAAACUCAUCCGCUCCUGGUGGGGGAAUGGAAAAUCCCUGAAAACUGCAGACCCAAUAUGGAAGAAGGAAUCUCGCUGUUCUCCACCUUACUCAACAACAAGCACUUUCUCAUCGUGUUUGUCCAUGCUCUUGAGCAACAGAAGGACUUUGCUGUCAGAGACAGGUGUAACCUGGCCUCCCUGCUUACUAUUGCGUUGCAUGGGAAACUGGAGUAUUACACCAGCAUCAUGAAGGACCUCUUGGUGGAUCUAAUAGAUGCUUCAGCUUCCAAAAACCCCAAGUUAAUGCUGAGGAGAACGGAAUCUGUGGUGGAGAAGAUGCUCACGAACUGGAUGUCCAUCUGCAUGUACAGCUAUCUCAGAGAGACCGUCGGAGAGCCCUUCUUCCUCUUGAUCUGUGCGAUCAAACAGCAGAUUAACAAAGGGUCCAUCGAUGCCAUCACAGGGAAAGCCAGGUACACCCUCAAUGAGGAGUGGCUUCUGAGGGAGAACAUCGAGGCAAAGCCAAGGAACCUCAACGUCUCCUUCCAAGGCUGCGGGAUGGACUCCCUGAGUGUCAGGGCCAUGGACACAGACACACUCAGCCAAGUGAAGGAGAAGAUUCUGGAGGCCUUCUGCAAGAACGUCCCCUACUCCCAGUGGCCAAGGGUGGAAGACGUCGACCUCGAGUGGUUCGCCACCAGCACUGACAGCUACAUCCUCCGGGACCUUGAUGACACCUCGGUGGUGGAGGACGGCAGGAAGAAACUCAACACAUUAGCACAUUACAAGAUCCCCGAAGGGGCGUCACUGGCCAUGAGUUUGUCAGACAAGAAGGACACCACGCUGAGCAGAGUGAAGGAUUUGGACACUGAAAAGUACUUCCACUUGGUUCUCCCAACUGAUGAAUCGGUCGAACAUAAGAAGUCCCACAGACAGAGCCAUAGGAAGAAAGUCCUACCGGAGAUCUACCUGACCAGGCUGCUCUCCACAAAGGGCACGCUGCAGAAGUUCCUGGACGACUUGUUCAAAGCCAUUCUCAGUAUCCGAGAUGAUAAACCACCUGUGGCCGUGAAAUAUUUCUUUGACUUCCUAGAGGAGCAAGCAGAGAAAAGAGGGAUCACAGACCCUGACACUAUGCACAUCUGGAAGACCAACAGCCUACCUCUGAGGUUUUGGGUCAACAUCCUGAAGAACCCGCAGUUUGUCUUCGACAUUGACAAGACAGACCACAUCGACGCCUGUCUCUCUGUGAUAGCCCAGGCCUUCAUUGACGCCUGCUCCCUGUCUGACCUGCAGCUGGGCAAGGACUCCCCGACUAAUAAACUACUGUAUGCCAAGGAGAUCCCUGAGUAUAGGAAAAUAGUGCAGCGAUACUACAAGCAAAUCCACGACAUGCCCCCGCUCAGUGAGCAGGAAAUGAACGCCCACCUCGCGGAGGAGUCGAGG